AUCAAACCUCACCUCAACAAAUCCCCAAAAUGGCACCCAUAACCCUCAGCCAAGUCGACAACGACCUAAAAGAAGCAAUCCAACACCUCUUCGAAAUCCAAUCCGCAGUCCACGGCUACCUAGGCCCCGAAACACAACAAGAACUCGUCCGAAAAAUAAAAUCCCUAACCCAAACCCUCUCCACCCUUCAAAAAAAUACCACCAACCUCCCGGACCCAAACGACCCAAACCAGAUCACAAACCCAGAAAUCUCGAUCGGGAAUCCCAAAGAUCCUAAUUUGGCUUCGAUACAACUUCCCCCGGAGAUAAUCGACUAUGUGGACGCGGCGCGCAAUCCGGAUAUCUAUACGAGAGAGUUUGUGGAGCUUGUGCAGAGGGGGAAUCAGGAUUUGAAGGGGAAGAGAGAGGCGUUUGCGAAUUUUAGGGAUGUGUUGGCGAGGGAGGUGAGGAGUGCGGUUCCGGGGUGUAGGGGGGAGGUUGAUCGGGUUAUGGAGUCUCUUGGGGUUGGGGAUCAAAAGAGGGAUGGGGGAGAAGGGGGUGAUAAUGGGGGGAGGUGA